AUGUGCACCAUGGUUGUUUGUAAGGAUUUCAACGGCCGUCAAGGCAGGUACGGCUCGAUCUGCGCAGGGGCUGCCGACUUCAUCUUUCGGAUAUGCGGCUUGACUAGCCACGACUGCUUCCUCGACAUUGGUAGCGGCCUCGGGCAGAUCGUCACGCAGGCGGCUGCGUGGGCGGGCUGCAGGUCGCUGGGGGUGGAGGUGGUCAGGGAUCGUCACCAAGCCGCAGUCCGCCUCUACAACAUGGUCAAGCGUGAGACAGCUGGCACAGCGCUGGACGUCAGUGCGCUCGCACAAGUCAGGCUGAUAGAGGGGGAUUUCGUGGACAAGUGGGAUGAGAUCAAGGACUGCACGGUCAUCUACUUCAACAACGAGCGGGGCUGGUUCAAGGCCCCGGAUGGGGAUCCCACCAAGGCCAAGUACAGCUACGAGUGCCAGCUUGUGUCGCUGCUUCAGCAGCUAGGGAGGUCCGUGACCAUGGUGACUAUGGAGAAGAUGGACCCGUCUCCGCAGGGCUGGACCCACACCGAGCACAUCUUCGGCAAGCCCAACGGCGAGAAGCGCGUGGCCACAUUCGCCGCGGGCUCGCUCAACUUCCACUUGUACAAGAGAAUGAGACAGCUUGACUAUUCCAUUCGUGCCACGCGACUUCACCGGGCGACCGGCCUGAGCAAGGGGCGAGAGGUGCGAAAAUCCGUCCCCGCCCUCGUCUUCGAUUCGCUCGCAGCCCGUCUUUCCACCCCAUCUUGGGCCUUCAGUGACUCGACCUCUCCGCCUACGAGCACAAUCAAAGGAUCGAUCGCCUCUGAGAACAAGAAUCAUAUCCCAACCUGCGCCCGCCGCUGA